AUGCCAAACACGAGGAAGAAAAUCGUAGAGGUGUUAAACCUGAAGAGGCUACAAAAGAGUCUACUUUCCGGCAAGAAGGAAAUGAGGGUGCCGGACGACGUGAAGGAAGGCCACUUCGCGGUGGUGGCGGUGGAUGAGCGGAUCAUUGUGCCCUUGAGUUUCCUCACACACCCCUCAUUCUUGCGCCUAUUGGAGCAAGCUGCCGAAGAAUACGGCUUUCACCACCGCGGCGCCCUCAACCUUCCAUGCCGCCCUAACGAGCUCCACCGGAUACUUGCCGACGAAACCCCUUCUAAUUAA